GAUACCACUCAAUAUUAACAGAAUACUUCGCAAGGUGCUCCAUAGAAAUACAAAUGCUGUGUAAAACUACAUCAGCAAGUUCCUUUAAUUUCAAAUUAAUAGAGUUACGUAAUUUAUCUUAGUGUUAAGAUCAGGAAGAACCGCACAACAAACAAUCGGGAAUUGGUCAAAUAUCAUAGCAUUGGUUUUCAGCCGAGAUAAUGCGAUCACAAAUUCAAUGUGCCGCGUUUUGGAUAUUGCUUGUGCAAGUACCACUGACCACAUCGAGGCAAGUUCCCAGAGCACUGCCUCACUACGACUAUACGCUAACAUACAUCAUGGACGGGGCUCCAGCAGUGGUUAUAGACAACAGCAGUAGCAUUGCCGAACAUCACCAGCUGGCUGGGCGCUCCAUGGCCGAAGCCAUUGCUGAGGGAAAGAGGGCCACUCUAUGGUUGAAGGAAAAAUAUGGCAUUGACUUCACAGACGUGGAGGAUGAGGUUUACCUCGACGGUUCGAAAGCGGUCACGAGAAAUAACCUGACAUUCAAAGCGUUUGCACUGGACCCUCGAGCGCGUUAUCGUCUCGUGACUGCCAGCAAUGGAUAUAGUGCGCAGUAUUUCAAUAUACCACUCACGGAUGCAGGUUGGACAUUAAUAACAGAUGAGGAAUAUCAGGCGAAUGGUUCUUAUACAGGCGUUAUUCCUAAAAAUUCCUACAUUCUGUACUCCGACUACGUAAUCCCCGUGUGUCCAUACUGCCGCACCAGAGAAGGUUUUUUGCACUUUCCCUGUGGGAAUAUCUUCGGCACCACAACACCGUUGGUUAUUCAUUAUGAAACCAAAAGUUUCCUUGCCUUGGGGAAUCCUAUCAUUAUCGACUUUCUGGUUAGAGAGAGGACCUGGGGUGAGGGGGAAGCCAGCGCCGUGGGGUGGUUCUCCGGGACAAAUAAUAAGAUCAUGGAAAGGACAGUCCUCACUUUUCCAGGAACUUUUACAGAGAACACAACCUGAACUGCAGCUUUUGUUGGAGGUUCAGUAUUGGAUUUUCUCAAAUUUUUUGUAGAAAACCAAUUAUGUGACAUUAAAAUGUAAAUUGUGAUUCAUCCAGUUGUGAUGUUUAAAGGUAAAAUUAUUCACUCUAGUACUAAACACUGACGUAGAGAUUCCGACGUUUCGUCCUCAUCCCAAUGAAGAUGUCCUUGGGAUGAGGACGAAACGUUGUAAUCUCUACGUCAAUGUCUAGUGUUAUAGUUAAUAAUUUUACCUUCAAUUCUGUGACAUAAACAUCAAUUAUACAUUACUGUAUUUGUACCAGGAGUUUAGCUUUUAAGACAAGAACAUGUUUUGACACAUCAAAAUUCUGUUAGUUGAACCUGUCACACGUAGCACAU